GUUCACUGUUAUUUAUUCACUACAUUAAUUAAUUGGCUUUUAUAUUAUAUACUUGUUCACUGAAUAAUGUUUGUUAGUUGUUAGUUGUGUUACCGAGGCAGCCCACUCGGCAGCCAGAAUCUACGCCGAUGUACAUCCUCUCUCCAUCCUGUCUUCCAUCCGGAUAUAUUAAACUACAUCAUAGUUAGUUAUUCGUUCACUUUUACAACCUACGGUCACCAAAAUGCCAGCCCCGAGCAACCGACGACUGCAUAUAGUCAGCCUAGGCAGCUCAUUCGCCGCAGGCCCCGGCAUCCAUCCUCAAAUCGCGCCUCGUGCAGGACGCUCCGGGCAGAACUAUCCCCACAUUCUCGCGCGUCUUCUAGAUGCACACUUGACCGACCUGACCGUCUCUGGCGCGACUCUUCUCAACAUAAUAGUCGACCCCCAACAACACUUUCUCUUCCGCAGCGUCGUCUUCCCGCCGCAAAUCACCCUCCUCCCAUCCUCCGCCAACAUCAUCACCAUCACUGCGGGCGGCAAUGAUCUCGAGUACAUCGGCGGUAUGGUGCAGGAUGCAUGGGCGGCGGGGGCGCUGGGAAAGAUAGUGAAUUUCAUCGUGGGUGUAGUUCGAAGGGUCUAUCUGCUUGUUCGUCGAAGGCCUAGGCCCGCGGAGCAAGCAUUGCAGCCAUUGACCGAAGAAGCGCUUAUCACACGGCUAGGCAGGGUUCUAGAUGCAAUUCAUGCGAAGGCGCCCAAUGCGCGGGUGUUUCUUGUCGAGUAUCUGGCUGUUCUCGGCGCGAACACGCAACCCGGCAAAGACGUGCCGUUUAGCCAGGACCGGAUUGAUUAUCAUCGACAGACGGCGCGUAAGCUGCAGAGGGCGUAUGUGCAGGCCGCAGAGAGCCGGGCGGGGUGGUGCGAGCGAGUGGCUAUUCAUGACUCGAGUGCAGAGCAUGGGCUAGGGAGUCAGGUUCCCUGGGUGGGAGGCUUUGGGUACUGGGCUUUGCUGCGACGGGGUUCUGUGUUUCAUCCGAACCUGGCUGGGAUGCAGGCGGUUGCUGAGGUACUGGUGCGGAAAAUCGAUCGAUGAUGGAUGAAUCAAUUGCACAAGUUUGGUGUCUAUCAUCGCCGCAUAUGGCAUAAGCACAUUCCACACGCCACCAUCGGAUGUCUGUCACCCGAUCUUGAUCAAGUCGAUGACGAUCCACGCCGAAUCCCGCAAACUCCGAGGUCGACGAAGACUCUUGGAUCUCGAUCGACAGGCACGUUGGCGAUGAAGGCCCGGUGAUGACGUCAUGGCUGACCUCACUUCAAGUAUUAUUUAUCAUUCAUUAUACUGUCGGCUUCUUCCAGCAUUACGUUGGGUGUAGAGUAAAUAUAAUAAUUUAUAUAUACAAUACAUGUACAAAAUAAUAUCAAAG